UGCGUUCAUCAGUUCGCGCAAUCAUACGUCGAGCAGUGUACGGCAAGCAGUGGACUACGAUUCAAAACGACAGAGAUUAUUAAAUCUAAACAAGCAAUUAUGUUGCCAAUGUUGAAUGUAGUCAUACUCAUCACUUCAAUUGUGGUUUUUCCAAAUAUCGAUCCUGUAAUUUCUUCCUCUCCGGUUUUUCAAAAGAAUUGUACAACCAAUACGGAGUGCGAACCAAAUUCUUGCUGCUUAUUAGGGCCUAUGAGGUACUCAAUACCAACUUGCAUGCCAUUCCGGCAGAAAGGUGAACUAUGUCGAGUAAACGCUGAAACUAUUACGACCAAUUUGACUUACCCGAACACUUUGGAAAUCAAAGUUAAAGAUAUUCAUUACAUCCUGUGUCCUUGCGCUGACAGAUUAUCCUGUAAUCCAAAACGCGGCAUCUGCAAGUAGAAUUUUCUUCAAUCAAAAUGGACUGGAAACAUCAUAAUCAUCAUGAUUAUACGGGGCCAAAUAUUUUUAGGAAACAAAUAAUAUUGAGGAAAUAUUUUCAAUUGUAUGUUGACAGUAGUAGAAAAUAUUUACAAGAAAUUAAAACUUAAAUUAAAGUAUUGUUAAUCAUUA